AUUUUGCGAAAAGGAUAGAGAUCACGUUAAUAGAAUCCUAAGUGCGAUACACGUGGAAAAAUGAUUGAGAGAUGAAAUUUUGGGCAAUCGUUGCUGUUGUACUCGUAGUAUACAUGUUCUACAAAGAUCAACAACGAAAGAAAGUUUCAAAACCCUUAACCUAGUUUGAACUUCAACUGAUAUUGCUCUACGGGCUGCGCGAAUAUUAGAUUAUAAGAAAAGGCGCGCACUGCAGAAUUUGUAACACUUCCAAGAAUGAAUUUAUUCUGCAUGUUUAUUUGAAAUUAAGUGCAAUUUCAUCGCGUUUUUAAAGCCUUGGCAUUUCAUGGUCAUAAAAUAAUAAUUCUAUUUUAUUCGAGUUCUCCUAUUUAUUACGAAAACACGGAAUUAGCAGCUUUUUUUAUGUUCUAAUAACAAAAGUUAUUCCAUUUGUUUAGGUUAUUCUUAUUAGAGACUUGUGUAACGAAGUUCUUUCAACGAUCGAAAUAAAAUGGAAUUAGAUACGCAUACUUCAUGGACACAACUAACAGAGGAAGAUGAUGCUCUUCUUAAUGAAGCCAUUUGUAUGAGUUCAAAUGAACUGAACAAAAUUAUAGACUCUAACAAAGAGGAUGUACUAAAAGAAAGUAAUCUAGAAACUAAAUCUUGUGCAGCUAAGACGCAUGUUAAUAGUGAACAGGAGAAGAAGGAUGAUCUCAGUUCAAAUGUAGAAAUUGAUAACAUAUCUAAAUUGAGAGGAAAUCAGACAAACAAUGCAACCAGUAUAAAUUACGAAGAUAAUGUAAAGAACAAACAGCAUGAUGAUGGUUUACGUAAACGAACUAGAGAAAAUCAAAUAAAUAACGAGGAUGCAAAAGUUUCUCGAACUAGACAUAAUAGUGAUUCAAGCUCCACUACUAAUUCUUCUGAUAGUGGUAAAAGACGGGUAGAAUAUGAAACAGAUCCUAGAGUUUUAGCUCGUAGACAAAAAGAAAUAGAUUAUGGGAAAAAUACUGUUGGAUAUGAUAGAUAUAUUCAAGCUGUGCCUAAAGAGAAACGAACAAGAGAGCAUCCGAGAACACCACCAAAAUAUAUUAAAUAUAGUAGAAGAGGAUGGGAUAGCAUGGUAAGAUUGUGGAGGAAACAACUUCAUCAAUGGGAUCCUCCACAAGAUAGCAAUAGUGAUUGAAAUAACUUUACGUUUUGCUCCUUUAAACUUUACCUUAUUUACUAAUAUAUCUUUAUGCACAUUUAGUUCCAUGAUUUUUAUAUUUGUAUGAAAUUUCAUAAACAUAACAGAAUUAGACGAAAUAUAACAUAAUUCUUGAUAUAUUCUUAAAUGUGAAUACUUGUAUUUAAAAGGUUCAAUUGCAUUGCAAAAGUGAGAAAUAAAGAGUAAAUGAUACUCAAAAUAAAUAAGACUUUACAUUAUUAAGUGAAAGUUUUAGAAGUGUAAAUAGAUAAUUUAAGCACUUA